AUGCUGCAAACACAUCUCGACGAAUGUUAUCACAUCGGUUCGGGCAAAGAGCCCAGAAAAUUGCCACGAUACUUCGCAGGAUGGGCGAGAUUCCGGUCGAGGAGCCUCAUCGGCUUCGUCAACGAUUUCCAGCAGCCCUGGCGUGAAGCGACCUUUGAAAUCUCUGACAUCCAGUUACAGAUCAAUAAUGCAGCUUACAAGAUGUCAUUGAACGUGUACGACUCAAUGUUAAUUGACUCGUUGCGCGUAUGCGAUAUGCUGCAAACACAUCUCGACGAAUGUAUCACAUCGGUUCGGGCAAAGAGCCCAGAAAAUUGCCACGAUACUUCGCAGAGUUCCGGGUUUCGAUUUCUGUACAGGCUCUCAACCACAUUAGUCGACCACAUCGCAAUAAAUGGAGAUCAGAUCACACGGAUAUUUGCAUAA